AUGCAGUUGUAUCAAGGGCUGCCAAUUAUUACCAACAAAAUUACGCAGGAUGAAAUGAAGGGUGUGCCUCACCACUUACUGGGUCAGAUCGGGCUUCAAGAAGAGACGUGGACGGUUGGAAGGUUUGUAGAGAAUGCUCUCGGAGUGAUUAAAGAAAUCCGCAGCAGAGGGAAGCUACCGAUUCUAGUGGGUGGCACUCACUACUACACUCAGUCUCUUCUAUUUGAAGAUGCAUUGGCCGACCAGCCGACCCUUGAGGAGAGCAGUAUGAGCGGCGGAUUCCCCAUCCUGAACGAGCCAAACGAGGUGAUCCUGGAAAAGUUGAGGGAAGUGGACCCCAUCAUGGCGGAUCGGUGGCAUGCGAACGACCGACGAAAGAUUCAACGCUCCCUGGAGAUAUAUCUCAAGACCGGAAAACCUGCUUCUCAAGUCUAUAGUGAGCAACGUCUAAACAGGGAACCGUUGUCGAACCCGGAUGACAGUGAAGCUAUGAUGAACAGCAGCGCCCCUGGCAUUCGAUUCUCCACGCUUCUGUUCUGGGUACACGCCUCCAAGGAUGUCCUGAAUGCUAGGCUCGAGUCUCGGACUGUAAAGAUGCUGGAAAGAGGCCUUUUGAAGGAAGUAGAAACCCUGACGGAGUUCCGCAACGACUUUGAAGCCAAAACCGGCCAAGCAGUUGACCAAACCCGGGGAAUCUGGGUAUCAAUUGGAUAUAAAGAGUUCCUUGGCUAUCAGGCGGCGCUCACAACAGGCAAAAGUGAGGCGGACCUGGACAAGCUUCGGCUCGCAGCCAUUGAAAAGACACAGGCAGCCACCCGGCAAUACGCCAAGCGUCAGUUACGUUGGAUUCGGAUAAAGUUACUGAAUGCGCUCUUCCAAGCUGGUCAAAGGGAUAGGUUGUUUCUUCUGGAUGGCUCGGAUCUCUCCAAUUGGGAAGAAACAGUCUGGGAACCGGCAAGAGAUAUUACGAAGAAGUUUCUCGGUGGAGAGCAACUCCCUGUUCCAACAGACUUAUCACCAUUGGCGAGCGAGAUGCUCAUCCCAAAGAGAGAUUAUGAUCUCUCACAGCGGCCGGAUCUUUGGCAAAGAAGAGUUUGUGAGACUUGCGGUACUAUUGCUGUGAACGAGAAUGAUUGGAGGUUGCAUAUCAAUAGCCGCGGCCAUCGACGAGCCUUGGGAAAGGUCAAAAAGGAGGAGGAAAAGCGAGGGAAAAGCAGAUCCGCGCAGGCCGAUCUGAUCGACGUACUGGAAACAUACCAGAAGAUCCUCUCAGAAGAUGAGCCGGUGACAUGA